GAAGAAGAUUACUACAUGCCUCCACAUGACAAGUUUGAGUUCUGAUUCUGAUGGCCUCGCAGCGCGUGUUUGUGACCGGCGAUGGUGUUGAGGAGAGUUUGUGAGCUCGUGAUGCAGGAUGAGUGAUUACUCUCUUCAGCAGGAGAAUGAGCUCGAGGCGCUGUCAUCGAUAUACGGAGACGACUUCAGAGACAUCCGAGCAGAGCUUCCCUGGAAGGGCAGUCGUCCUCCAGAGGUUUACCUGACCCUGCGGCCGAAGGGACUCGCUUACGGACAGACCAGUUACGUCUCGGUGGACCUGCAGGUCAAAUGUCCACCGACAUAUCCUGAUGUGCCUCCGGAGCUGGAGCUGAAGAACGCUAAAGGCUUGUCAUACGACAAACUAGAGCGACUCCAGAAAGAGCUCGACAAACUGGCCCAAGACCGAUGCGGAGAGGUGAUGAUCUACGAGUUGGCGGAUUGUGUUCAGGGUUUAUUGACGGAGCACAACGUUCCUCCCUCGAGCUCCUUCCACGAGGAGAUGCUGAAGAACCAGCGGCGUCUGCGGGAGCGUUUGGCUCUGGAGGAGCAGCAGAAGAUCGACCAGCGCCGCAGACAGGAAGAGAAGAUGCAAAACGAGAUUCUCGCAGAAAUCCAGAGGAGAGAGGAGGAGAGGCGAGAAGAGAGGAGAAAGAAAGAGAUAGCCAAACUGGAGCGUCAGGAGAGCUCUGCCGUCACCGUCCCUGCGGCUUCAGAGAGACAAGCUUCUGCCUCGUCAGGGUCUCCGGUCGAUGUGUCUGAGGGGAAGAAAACACUGACGAACAGACGCCGAACCACAUCCAGCAGCAGACACAGACGAGAAACGUAUAAUGAAGAUAAUGCACGGCAGCAGGAGCUCCUUCACUUCAGCAACAGCUUCCUCGGAGAGGUCGUCGUUCACAGAGGGAAGUGCAUCGGUGAGAGCGAGCGACUGGGUCGCAGUGUGUAUUACGCGUUUAACUCCAGCUCUGGAGAUUUCUCCGUCGUCUGCGAGUGGAUCCUUCGCUGGAACAAGACAGUCGGAAAGUUCUUCACCAGCCAGGAGAGAGAGAAAAUAGAGAAAUGCAAAAAACAG